AUGUCUCAACUUCCGAGCAUUCGAUGGGGCAUUGUUGCUACCGGAAUGAUUUCUGAAUGGUUCGUCAAGGACUUGAUCUUGUCUCGGCCAGAUGCCAAAGUCCACCACAUUGUCCAAGCCAUUGGUAGCUCUUCCGCUGCCAAAGGGAAAACAUUUGCGGAGAAGCAUUGCCCUGAGAGCAAUCCGGCAAUCUAUGGCAGCUAUCAAGGCGUUUAUGAUGACCCAAACGUCGACCUGGUCUAUAUCGGCACGCCUCACUCUUUCCAUAAGAAAAACUGCCUGGACGCAAUUUCCGCUGGCAAAGCAGUUCUCUGCGAGAAAGCAUUCACUCUGAACGCUCGCGAUGCGCGCGAGGUUUUUGAAGCGGCAAAGAAGAAGAAUGUCUAUGUGGCAGAAGCAAUGUGGCUUCGUCAUCGACCCCUCGUUCAUGACCUCAAGAAGCUUCUCCACGAAGAUAAGGUCAUUGGCGACGUUCUUCGCUCUUUCUCUGAUUUCGGGAUCGAGAAGGAUAUCGCGAAUCUCCCUGCAACAUCGAGAUAUAAGGAUCCUGCAUUGGGUGCAGGCUCUCUUCUGGACUUGGGUGUCUAUGCCCUGACAUGGGCAACGAUCGCCCUAGACGCUAACAAUCCCAACAAUGCUGAGAAUCCGGCCAUCUUAGCCUCCCAGACGCAUUCUGAUAAUGUCGAGGUGGCAACCAGUGUCAUUCUCAAGUACCCCGCGACCGGUCGACAAGCUGUGGUUACUUCCACAACAAACGUGAUCGGUAACCCUGACUUACUGACUCGCAUUGAAGGCACCAAAGGGUCUAUUGAAGUAACUGGACUAAUAUCAUCUUUUCCAAGCGGCUUCAGAGUAUACCCAAAGUUCGUGGGUUCGGCGGUGGCCGGCACACUGACCAGGGCAGAGGGCAAAGUGUACGACUACCCCGUCCUCGGGAAAGGAUACCACUUUGAAGCGGAUAACACUGCUCUGGACGUGUUGGCGGGUCGUCUAGAAAGUUCGACCAUGCCUUGGUCUGAAACGAUUCGAAUGAUGGAGGUUAUGGAUGAGAUUCGCCGACAGGGUGGGACGGUAUAUGGCGAAGAUUCGGCUUAA